AAAAAUUUUAAAAGUUUUGUUUUGAAAUUGUUUCAUGGAAAUUUGUGAUAAGCCAAUAUUUUCAUCGUUAAUAACUUGUUUUGUAUUACCGAAAGGUUCUCUUUAAAGUUUGGGUGCGUUUUAUGGAUACUUCAGAAAUUUUAAAAUAUAUCAAGCAUUUUUAUUGUAACACAUUGUCUACAGCAUAUUAUUAUCCUUCAUGGAGUAAAGAAGACAUUACAAAUGCAUUCAAAUCAGCUAAGCUUUGUGAACAAAUUUAUCAAGAUGUGAAAAACAAAACUUUAGUGGCAAAUUUAGAUGAAUUAAUUCAUUCACUGAGGAUUGAGAAUUAUGAAUCAAUAUGUUUAGAAGAUUUAAAAUCAUCAUCUACUUUUCUGAUACAGGCAUUGUUUGAAAACCCUUAUAUUGAAAAUGAAACUUUGGAAAAUAUUUUUUAUGAAUUGAAAAAUGAGGGAACAAUAUCUGGCGAUAUUUGUAAUCUUUAUGAUCUUGCUGAACUAGAUACAACAUGUGUUGAGCUAAUUGAGGCAACAAAACCCAUUAAGUUGAAAAAUUCUGAAAGGUCCAUUUAUUUUGAAAUUAAAGCUGAAAUGCUGUUGGAUUUCCUGUGUAAUCGCUUUUGUGAACAGACUACAGAGCAACAGAUCUGUAGGAUUGAAAGUAAUCUUUUUGAAGCUUUUGAAAGUCUUUGUCAAAAUGAAGAGAAUAUGAUGACCUUGUUACACAUUCUCCUGUGCCAGAAAUCGGAUACAUCUCAAAGAAUACAAGAGUAUUGUAUUAAUUGGAUAAUCUUAAAAGUAUUGAGUGAUGAAACUUGUUUUCUUGCUGAAUUUCUGUGGAAACAGUCACCCACUUCACUCCGCAAAAUUGCAAAAAAUAGUGCAAAUUUUUUUAGUUUCUAUACAGACUUUUUAACUAGAAAAAUUUCUUCUAUAAUGAGUGAAUUUGAAGAUCAGGAAAGCAGCAUUUCAUCAUUUAGUAAUGAUAAGCUGCAAGAUUCUUCCUGUAAAAUUUCAUUUGAAGAAAUUUUAAAGCACUUUCAUUGUCUAUUGUCUGAGGAUGAUGGAAUUGGUGAAUCUACCAAACUAUUCCUUUUAGACUCAGUAAAUAACUCUUCUGAAAGAAUAUGGAAAGAAAUAUUUUCUCGUAUAUGUUAAUUUUAUGAAUUAUGAAAAAUGAAGUUAAAAUUCAAUAGCAUAUCUAAAAUUUUUGUGUAGUAGCUGACAGUUGUAAAAUAUUAUUUUGCUUGUUUGCUAUUGAUUCGUGUUUUCUGAACUGAAACAAAAGUCUUAUUCCCUAUGUCUUGUUUUCCUUGAAGUUUUUUGUAUUUAUUGUUACA